AGCUCCCCCUCCCCGCGCCGCCUCCUCCCAGCCGGGCUUUCCGGUUUGGAGGCUGAUGAAACUGAAAGUGCUGCAGCGGCAUCUGCUUCAGGGAGGUUGCUUCACCUUCAGCUGAGUAAGGAGCGGGGGAUCAGGUGGCAGGCAGAGCCUUAGAGCCAUAAAGCAUGAGCGGAGGAGUCGAGUCUGGCCUCUCUGAGGAAAUGAUCAAUCUCACCAGAGGACCUUCAGGGUUAGGCUUUAACAUUGUUGGAGGGACGGAUCAGCCAUACUUGCCCAACGACAGUGGCAUCUAUGUCAGCCGGAUCAAAGAAAAUGGGGCUGCUGCUGUGGAUGGCCGAGUACAAGAGGGGGACAAAAUUUUAGCGAUUAAUGGCAGGGACCUCAAGGACUUGCAGCACCAGGAGGCUGUGGACUUGUUCAGGAAUGCAGGCGAUGACGUGUCUCUGAAAGUCCAGCACAGGCUGCAGCCACAGAAUGGCCCAGUGGUUUACAGAGGAGAUGGAGAGCCAGGUGGUAUUCCCUUAGCUGCCAUUUUGGUGCCAGGUUUGGCACUAGCAGUGGCUGCAGUGUGGCUCUUCCUGAGAUAUCGACAGCGGAUGUGAAAAUUCACCCUCCAAAGAUCUCUGCGUAUUUUCCACAUCUAUGAUAUAAUUUAAAGAAUGAGAAUCAACUGGUUUUUUUCCUGGACUGACAUCGAAAAGGGUUAUUGCCUAUCAUAAAGUUGCUGCUGAUGUUCACUACGUUUUUUUUUCUUGUGGGAUGGAUAGAGUAGGAUGAAAGUAAGAGAUGAAUAGGAUGAUUGUGUGUAAAGUGGGAUGUGCCAUUUCUCCCUAAUCCCAUGGAAGUGUUGCCACCCCCUUUCUCUUGCACCCUGAAUGUUCAAAUACUUUCACUUAUUCCCUAUUUUAAUAUGUGACUUCUAGGUGGGGAGGGUUGGGAGGGCUGGGGGUGUUUUUUAAAACAAAACUUUUAUUUUAGAGUUCUUCUUGUUCUUUGACUUUUACAGCCAACAGUCCGUGUCCGUUCAUCAAGGAUGAAGAGAAACAAUAUGCAGGCUGUCUUGUUUUAUUCCUUCCUUUUUGGGGGAGGGGGCGGGAGGUGGGCUUACUAACUUAAUGCCUUAAAGAAAUAUGUACAGUCUUACCUGUGGUUUCACAGCUAAAGUUCUCAGUGCCGUUGCUAGUUAAAACAAAUAUUCAAUGUCCAUGUGUAUUGUACUGGCCCAGGAAAGGCAGGAGGUAGUAUGGCAGAGUAGGAGAAGAGGAGAGCAACUGAGAAAGCUCUGGAGAGAAAAGCCAAAGAAUUGCAAAAGGAGACCUUCUGCCAAGUCCUAGUAUAUUGGAAGAAGAGAGACCUCCCCCAAUGGGAUCACAGAUCUAAUCAAUGGGAAGUGAUGUCAUGAAAUAGAAGUUGCAUGGGUUUCUAAAGCAGUGGUUAAGCAACAGCAUAUUAAUCCACAGAGCUACCUGAAGCACUUAUCUUCCAAAUUAAACAGAGAGAUAUUGUGUGUGUGUGGUUUGUGCCUGAAGGAAGUGUCAUAGUUACAUAGUUUCAUAGUAGCUAGGGUCAGGAGGGACCUGAACAGAUCUUCUAGCCUGACCCCCUGCCACAGGCAGGAAUGAAUGCUGGGUUCUCAAGACCGCAGACAGGUGAUCAUCC